UAAAAACCAAUUCAAAAUGUAUUCCUUUUUUCAGAUCAAAAUGAAGGUUCUCAUCAUUAUCACCGCGCUAAUAGCGUGUACCCUCGCCGAGGAUAUCGUAUACUUCACCACGGAAAAUGAUAACCUCGAUGCGGACGAGGUGAUGAAGCACCCGGACCAGAUAAAGGCGUUUGUUGACUGUUUCGUGGAUAGGGCUCCAUGUGAUUCUCUUGGUCUGUCAUAUAAGAAAGACAUGCCAGAAGCUAUAUCUACCGCAUGCCACAGGUGCAACAACGCACAAAAACACUUGUGGUCUCAGUUCCUAUCAGGUCUUAAGCAAUACUACCCGGAGCACUAUGAGGACUUCCAGCAGAAAUACGACCCGAAUAAAAUUUAUUUGGAUGCUUUGGAGAAGGCUGUUGAAGAAUACUAAGGACUUUUUGCAUUUGACGCUGUU